AUGGAUGAAAAGCCAAAAAAUUUAUGGGAGGAUACUGAUGUUGAUAAAUAUCAGUGCCAUGUUACAAUUUCUACUAUUGGUUUUACUAUUAAAUCAGAAAAUGUAGAUGAAAGAGUAGUUCAUAUAGAAGAUUUAGAAAAAAGAAAACAAGCAUAUGGAAUAUGUGGAGAAUGUAAAGAACCUGGUACAGGAGAACGUUGGUGUCAACCUUGUAAUGCUAAAAGAUUUAAAGAUAACUUUAAUAAUUGGACUAGUGGAAAUAAAGAUAUUGAUGAAUUUAUACAACAAUCACAACUUAAUGCUGUACAUUAUUAUAAAUGUCUUGAAUGGAUACCUUUUGAAAAAUUUCAAAAUAUCACUUAUAUUGCAGAAGGUGGUUUUGGAAAGAUUUAUUCAGCUGAAUGGCCUGAAAGAAAUAUUGAAUAUUGGGAUAUUGAAAAUCAAAAAUGGUAUAGAUACAAUUAUAAUAAAUAUGCAUUAAAAAGUUUGAAUAAUUCUUCUGAUAUAUGUUCAGAUUUUUUAAAUGAGAUUAAAUCUCAUCUUCAGAUUUAUCUUGAUAAUAUUGUUCAAUGUUAUGGAAUUACUCAAGAUCCAAAUAAUAAAGAGUAUAUGAUGGUUUUAAGUUAUUGUGAAAAUGGAAAUUUGAGAAAUUAUUUGAAUAACUCUGAAGAAUAUAUUAAUUAUGGAUCAAAAAUUUAUCAAUUACAACAAAUUGCAAGAGGACUUUUAGGUAUUCAUAAUGCUGAAAAAGUUCACAAAGAUUUUCGUUCAGGUAAUAUAUUGCGUGAUAAAGGUUUUCUUUCAUUUAUAAGUGAUUUAGGAAUGUGUCAACCAGCAAAUAAGCAAAAGGUUAAAGAAGAAGGAAUUUAUGGAGUAUUACCAUAUAUGGCACCAGAAGUUUUACGUGGAUACCAAUAUACAAAAGCAGCAGAUAUUUACUCAUUUGGAAUAAUAAUGAACGAAUUUCUUUCUGAAGAAAUUCCUUUUAAUGAUAUUCCUCAUGAUGAUUUUUUAGCUAUUAAAAUUUGUAAAGGACUUAGACCAACAAUUUCUAAAGACAUACCAAAGUUACUUGCAGAUUUAAUAAUAAAAUGUUGGGAUGCUGAAAUAAAAAAUAGACCAACCACUAAAGAAUUGUAUCAACUAUUAAAGAAAUGGUAUGAUGAGAUUGAAGAGAUUGAAGGUAGUGAAGAUAGUGAAGAUAGUGAAUAUAGUGAAGAUGAUGAAGAUGGUGAAGAUGGUGAAGAUGGUGAAGAUGGUGAAGAUGGUGAAGAUGGUGAAGAUAGCAAAGAUAGUAAAGAUAGUGAAGAUAAUGAAGAUAGUGAAUAUAGUGGAGAUAGUGAAUAUGGUGAAGAUAGUAGAAAUGGUGACGAUAGUGAAGAUGUUAAAGAUAGUGAAGAUGUUAAAGAUAGUGAAAAUGCUGACAAUAGUCAAAUUAGUGAAAUAUAUUUUCAAAUAAAAGAAUGUGAUAAAAUUAGAAAAGAAAAAUUCAAAAAUAGAUCAAAUGAAGAUAAAUCCAAAUACUUCAAAACACAUCCACAAGCAAUUUAUACUAGUAGACUUUUAAAUUUCAAAAAUCUUCCAAAACCAGUAAAUUCUUCAGAUGUACCAUCAUUUCAAGUUAAUUCAGAUGAUGUCCCAUCAGUAUCAACAAAUCUAAAUCACAAUUAA